AUGAAACCCUCCAACAGGAGAAAGCUCUGCAGGGAGUGCUUCACCGAGUGCUUUGAAGAAGACGUGCAUGCUACCAUCGUAAAGAAAAACAUGUUUCACGACAAGGACAAAAUUUGCAUUGCCGUGUCGGGUGGAAAAGAUUCUAGCGUGUUAGCACAUGUACUUGUUCACAUAAAGAGGAAGUACAACUACAAGUGGGAUUUAUUCCUCUUGGCCAUCGACGAGGGCAUAAAAGGUUACCGUGAUGACUCACUAAAGAUUGUAUUUAAGCUUCAGGAGAAAUAUAAUUUGCCCCUUAAAGUCUUAAAAUUUGAAGAUAUUUUCACCUACACUAUGGACACCGUUGUUAGUUUUAUCGGGAAGAAGAAUAACUGCACUGUUUGUGGUGUUUUUCGGAGACAGGCCAUGGAGAGGGGUGCACUACUAUUUAAUGCCACCAAGCUAGUGACGGGGCAUAAUGCAGAUGACCUGGCAGAGACGAUUCUUAUGAACAUGUGUCGGGGUGAUCUGGAGAAGCUCGCCAAGGGGGUGGACUCAAUGUCAGAAAUGAAGAUGGGAACAUCAGAGAUGGAAAAAGCAAAGUUCGGGGCAUGCUGUGGCGGCGAGUGCACGGGAGGAGAAGCGACCGCAGUCGAGCCUGGACACAGGUCCCCAAGUUCAACGGGCAAUCCAGAUGCCCUAAUAGGAGGCCCCCCUUCCACCCAUGUGGAGUCCGCCCCUCCGGAAGAGGAACAUACGUUUUUCCUGCCCCGACUGAAGCCCCUUAUGUGGUGUUACGAGAAGGAAAUUGUCCUAUACGCAUUUUAUAAAAAGCUAGAUUACUUCAGCACGGAAUGUACAUACUCCCCCAACUCAUUCCGUGGAAACUUACGGAGCUUCAUAAAAGACCUGGAGAUGAUAAACCCGCAAUUCAUACUUAACAUUAUUCAUUCAUCCGAAUUUUUUUAUCAUAACAGCAGCAGGAGGAAGGUGCUGCAGGUGUGCACGCGCUGUGGAGUGUACACGUCCAACCCUGUGUGCAAAGCUUGCCUCAUCGUGGAGGGGCUUCGAAAUUAUAAAGACAACUCCUUUCUGUACGCCAAUACGAAGAAGAAGAUGAAGAAGAAUGGGGAGAAGCGGCGCAUCCCCAUACGGUACGAUCCUGGUACUCGUGUGGAAGGUGCCAAAAGUGAUAACAAUGCAAAUGUAGGAGGUGGUGCAGAAGCUCCUGCUUAA